CCCGCCGGAGUUGCUAGGUUCCGGAACUCGGGGAGCGCGUGGAAUCUUCUGCAGAAAUAUAGCACCCAGCUGGAGUGAGACUGAGCACUGCCUUGGCCCAGGAUGGCCAGAGAACUCCAGGAAGGCACAGGCCUGGAUGCCCAGUGUGCACAGGACGCGAUGGGGUUCCUGAUCAUAAAGGGGGAGGAGGAAGAAGCCGCUGCCUUAGCAGAGAUGGCUGCUUUAGGAGGCGGCCUCCCUCCUGGUCCUGAGCGCUCCCGCCAGCGCUUUCGAGGGUUCAGCUACCCUGAGGCCGAGGGCCCCCGUGAGGCGCUGAGCCAGCUUCGGGAGCUCUGCCGACGGUGGCUGCAGCCCGAGACGCACAGCAAGGAGCAGAUCCUGGAGCUGCUGGUGCUGGAGCAGUUCCUGACCAUCCUCCCCGGGGAGCUGCAGUGCUGGGUGCGGGAGCAGCACCCCGAGAGCGGGGAGGAGGCGGUGCUGCUGCUGGAGCAUCUGGAGAGCCAGCUGGGCCCGCCCAGGCCGCAGGUAGAGGUCCCCGACAGUCACCAGGGGCAAGAGCUGCUACAUUGCGAGAUGGCCAUGUGGACACCAUCUCGAGGGUCCCAGAGUGGCCAGUUCCAGUCGGCGAAGGCUCUGCUCGAGUAUGAACCUCUGGGAUCCCAGCCCUUACCACAUGGAAGUGAGGAGGACCUUCUGGGCAUUCUCCAGGUUCCUGGACUUGCCCCCAGAUGGACACAGCUGGACUCGCCUCAGGUGAACUUCUGCCGGGAUGCAAGGCAGGACUGCGACAGCCUGGUCUCCCCCGUUUCAGGUGGGGACGUGUGCACUAAGCUAAGGGGCUCACCUGGGGACGAGGACCCACUGGAGCAGGAGGCCGGCCAGAGCCUGUGCCCCCCAGGGGGAGCCGCGGGCCAGAUGUCUCCCUGCGCAGAAGUUGGUGAAAAAGAGGGCGGGUUCCAAAGAAGGCAGAAACGUGCCCUUGGGAGCAGGCGGCGCAUUUGCCACGAGUGUGGCAAGAGCUUUGCUCAGAGCUCGGGGCUGAGUAAGCACAGGCGGAUCCACACCGGGGAGAGGCCCUAUGAGUGCGAGUACUGCGGGAAGACCUUCAUUGGAAGCUCGGCCCUGGUCAUCCAUCAGCACGUCCACACGGGAGAGAAGCCCUACUGGUGUGAGGACUGUGGGAAGACCUUCAUCCGGCGCUGGGACCUGGUCAUCCAUCAGCGCGUCCACACGGGAGAGAAGCCCUAUGAGUGUGAGGACUGCGGGAAGGCCUUCAUCCGAAACUCGGCCCUGGUCAUCCAUCAGCGCGUCCACACGGGAGAGAAGCUAUAUGAGUGCGAGGACUGUGGGAAGACCUUCACCCGGCGCUGGGACCUGGUCAUCCAUCAACGCGUCCACACCGGGGAAAAGCCCUAUGAGUGCGAGGAUUGUGGGAAGACCUUCAUCCGGCGCUCGGACCUGGUCAUCCACCAGCGCAUCCACACGGGGUUGAAGCCCUAUGAGUGCGAGGAAUGUGGCAAGGCCUUCGGUAACAGCUCAGACCUCAUCAAACACCAGAGGACGCACACCGGGGAGAAGCCCUUUGAGUGUGAGUACUGCGGCAAGACCUUCAGCCAGAGCUCCAGCCUUCUGGAGCAUCACAAAAUCCAUACUGGGGAGAAGCCAUACCGGUGCGUCGUGUGCGGCAAGGCCUUCCGGCGGAAUUCCCACCUCCUGCGGCACCAGCGGAUCCACAACGAUAAGCCCGCACCACACCCCCCUGAGCCGGAGACAUAGAAGCCUUGUUGAGCAUCGCCAAGAUCCACACCUGGGAGAAGUCCCAUCAGUGUGAUUUGUGCAGCAGAGGCUUCACCUGGACAUCAUAACUGGUCCAACACCAGAGGAGCCAUGUGGGAAAAAGAAUCCCAUCCCAGGGCCUCUCUGGUGACACAAGGGGUUAAGAUGCAGCUUAUGAAGCUGUCCGCAGCCUCUGCAGCAUGAGUUCAAACCCCUGCCAGGAUGCUACCCACAUGGCGCAGCAGACCUCUCCUGUCUCGCCCACUGCUCCCUUUAGCAGUGUACUUUGGUCCAUCUGCCUGUUCUGUUCCCCACUCUGUCUCUGGUGAAGCCUCUCACCCCCACACCUUAGGCCUGUACCCCAGGUCUUGUAUGCAUAAAUAAAUAAAUCUUAUAAAAAAAAAAAAGGUAAAAAAUGGAAGAGUCUUAAAAAAAAUAAAGGCGGUCUAAUCGCCCACUUCUAGAUCAUGGAAAGAAUUCUUUGCACUGUGUUCUAGGGCAGUGACCUAAUCCCUGUUUUGUACUUAAGGCUUCUGCCUGCACUUUCUUCCUGUCAAAGAUCCUAAUUUCACUUUUGCUUUUCUGUCUCUGGUGAAUCCCCUCACCCUUAUGCACAUCUGGCCUGUACCCUGGUUCUUGUAUGCAUGAAUAAAUAAAUCUUUUUAAAAAAGAGAGAAUCCCGUCCCAGUGACCUUGCCUCUCCCAGGUCGACCUCUGCAGGACUCUGCAGGUGAUGUCUCCUCUUGGGUGUCGGGCGCCUCUCACCAGCUCCAGCUCCUCAGGCUCUGGGAGAACAGGCCCACCCUCUGCAGCCGCCCAGAGCCCUUCCUGCUGCAGACCCGGGCCGUGGCUUAAUCCGCCUUGGACAGCCUCAGCUGUUUGUCAGAAAAUGUGUCUACCUGAGAUGAUUUAUCUUCCACAUUCUAGAAGGUGAUCGGAAACACCUGGCUUACCAGGAGGCUGUGGGAGAACUGUCUGGAAGAGGUGGGACCUGGAAUGGUUGGUUCUCACCUGUUGGACAUGCUCCAGGCUGGCUGGUACCCUCAGCCAGCACUUUCUGCCCGCUGGGCAGGUGCUCUCCUGUGGGGUUGCUGCUCUGAGCCCAGUGUUGCCUGAGAGAAUCCUGCACAGUCAUCAAUUUCUUGGGGGCUUCUGCCUACCCACAUCCCCGUGCCUCAUACACAGUGCUGUAUUAUAUUUACUGGUGAGACGACCUUUGUAGCUCUGAAAUCUGAUGUCUAGAUUCUGAGGGAUUUCUCGCCAAAGCUGUUUGUGCCUGUGUCUCAUUCUGAGGGUCCAGGUUGUAAUUUGUGCGAGUACAUUUUUGUCAAGCACAUAGACUGUCAGAGUGGGGUGUGGAUGGGGUAUCCUGUGCUGGAUAGGAUCUACUUUCUUGGCCAGGUGAGUUCUAAUGGGGAUGCCUUAGACAGCUUCUUUACCACCAUGUCAUUGUGAAUGUGGGCCCUCCACGAAGUUCCACUCUGCAUUUUACUACUUUUUAGCAAAUAUGGUGAAUUCUCUAAAGCUUUGCAGCUUGGUUCUUGCCUUUUAUUUCACUUGGGCCUAACCAAGUGCUCCCUAAAGCAACAGACUUUGUCCUGCCCACAACCCUCCAAGCCCAAAUGUAUUGUAGAUUGUGCAUCAACACUUAGGCCUGGGCCUCUCCUGGUGGUACAGUGGUUGAGCGCUGAGCUGCGAAGCUGCCCGCAGCCUCUACAGCACCGGUUCCAUCCCCAGCCCCCAGGCAAGGGCCCCACAUGGCGCAACAGACCUCUCGCCGCGUCCGCUGCUCCCCUCAGCAGUGUAUUUCAUCAGUCUGCCUGUUCUGUUCCCUGCUCUAGCUCUGGUGAAUUCUCUUACCCUCCCGUGCUUCUUACUGUACCCAGUGCUUGUAUAAAUAAAUAAAUAAGUCUUUUAAAAAAAAAAAAAACAACACUUAGGCCUGUUAAAUUCAAACUUCUCCAGGGCAGCAGAUUCAUUCCACCUAAAGAAUCAAGUUAACAAUUAAAAAACUCAAUUAAUGGGCAGCAGAUCCAGACAGACAGUUCACCAGGAAGGCUAUCCAGAAGCUAACAGAUAUAUGGAAAAUGUUCAUUAUUGCUUUUAAUAAGGGAGAUGCAGGUCAAAACCACUGUUAUCUUACACCUGUGAGAAUAGCACCUGUUUAAAAAAAGUACUCCAGGAGCCCUGGAGAGCAUGUGGACAAAGAGAAGCCCUAUUACACCGAUGGUGCUGAUAUUUUAUAAAGCAAUCUGGAUUUACCUUAAAAAACUAAAUUUGAAAAAGCAGUGUAACCCAGCAAUCCCACUCUUGGACAUCUGUCCAAAGAACAUGGUACUACCAGCUGAAGAAAUUGCAUGUCCUACAGUGUCCGCUGCAGCAUUAUUUACAAUAGCUAGGACAUGGAAACAGCCUAUUUGCCCAACGAGAGGACUGGACUAGGAAGAUGUGGUGUUGCCACACAGCCAUGAGGAAAGAUAUAAAUGUUUCCAUUCACAGCAAAAUGGACGGAUUGGGGGCCUCCCUGGUGGCCUAGGGGUUAAGUCUCAGUGCCAUUACCACUAGGGCUAGAAUUUGAUCCCUGACCAGUGAGCUGACCCACAUGGCGCAGCAGACCUUUCCUGUUCUGCCUGCUGCUCCCCUUAGCAGUAUACUUUGUUCAAUCUGCCUGUUCUGUUCCCCACUCUGUCUCUGGUGAAUCCUCUCACCCCUGCAACUCUGGCCUAGACCCCAGUUCUUGUAUGCAUGAAUAAAGGAAAAAAGCACUGGGAAGGGCCUCCCCUGGUGGCGCAGUGGUUGAGCGCUGGGCUGUGAAGCUGCCCGCAGCCUCUGCAGCGCCAGUUCAUUCCCCAGCCACUGGUGAGGGUCCCACAUGGCGCGCAGACCUCUCCUGUUGCGCCCACUGCUCCCCUCUGCAGUGUAUUUCAUCACUCUGCCUGUUCUGUUCCCUGCUCUGGCUCUGGUGAAUCCUCUCACCCUCCCGCGCUUCUGCCUGUACCCAGUUCUUGUAUAAAUAAAUAAAUCUUAAAAAAAAAAAAAAACACUGGGAAGAUGAGAUGGAGAUGGAUAAAGGUAAGUUUCAGGGAAAGGACAUUAGUAAUUAAGAGCUCCAGAAAGCUGCCUUCAAGAAUCUCUUUCUGCAAACAUCCUUUCUCAUUUUUCCAUUUCAAAAAACAAUGCUGUUGAGUUAAACUCAGAUAGGGUCUCAAAAGGAUGGACUUGAAACCUUUGGUUCCUCGGUAUUAUCUCUACCAUAAACAUACCUUGUCCUGUCCUUCAUCCUUUGGAUGAAGUUGAGCUUGGAAAACUGAUGUUGAAGCUAAACUUUAGUAAAUAUACCCAAAGCACCACGAUGACCCAAUAUCGAAAGAGAAGUUUCCAGAAGUAUAUAUAUGAAUACCAGGGGAAUAAAAGCCCUUGAGGGAGAUGCUGAGUUACAACUCCAGAGCCAUCUGGUGAAUCCUAACAUUCAGUUUACUGCUUU